AUGGCGAGCAGCAGCAACAGGGAGCUCAUGGCGGGAUCAGGCGACGAGAUGGCUGGCUCGCCUGAUCCGCCGGAGGUUGCAGAGGCGCCGGCCGGAGCUGAGCCUAGGGAUGAAAAAGUGGCGCCGGCCGCGCCGCCGGUGCCGGCUGCUGCGGUCAUCCGGCCGUACUACGAGUGCGUCUUCUGCAAGCGCGGGUUCACCACGGCGCAGGCGCUGGGUGGGCACAUGAAUAUCCACCGCCGCGACCGCGCGAAACCCAGCCUACGCGACGCGCCCAGCGGCACCACAUCGAUAUCGUCGGCGCCCCGAUACUUCGGGUGCUAUAACCAGAACCACCACAACUUCCUGGCGUACCGCCCACCCCCGGUGCCUCCAGUAACCGCGAUGACUAUAAGCAGGCCCGGCGGUUUCACCAUGAAUUACCAGGGCACAGCGGCUGCCACCGGAGUAGUUGACGCGGACGCCUCCGCGAACCCUAGCAGUGGCAGUCCCAGGGAGCUGAGCCUGUUCGGUGCAGCAGCUCGUGAUCAUGGCGGGUCGAGCGAGGCGCCGGAAGGGUCGGAGCGGCAGGAAGGUGAGACGGAGAGGGAGCUGGACCUGGAGCUCAGGCUCGGGCGUCGUCCCAGGCAUUGA